GACUGUUUCUAAGCGAUGUUAAUGUGUGUAGCGUUUCGAGGUCCGAGAUCUCGUCGACUAAAGAGAAAGGAGAAGAAGCCGGAAGAGAAGAGACCACGAACAGCGUUUAGCGGCGAGCAGUUGGCACGCCUGAAACACGAGUUCACCGAGAAUCGUUACCUGACUGAGAGACGCCGAACAGAACUGGCGCGAGAACUGGGCCUGAACGAGGCCCAGAUCAAGAUCUGGUUCCAGAACAAACGCGCCAAGAUCAAGAAGGCGAGCGGACAGAAGAAUCCGCUGGCGCUGCAGCUCAUGGCCCAGGGGCUGUACAACCACAGCACUGUGCCUGUAGACGAGGAAGAAGAAGAAGCAAACGCACUCUUGUUGGCCAAUAAUGCACGGCAAGACUGAAUGCAUAUUUCGGAUUCAUACAUUUUGAUAUAAUCAGAUGUAUUUAGUAACACGACACUUGUUAAAAAGCUUCCGAGUGGUGGAGAUGAAAAUAUUAUGCAUGAUUUUCAUAGAAAACUGCAUUAAUUUCGAAUAAAUUUUGUGAGUGUUAGGAAUCGAUAACGUCCAGUCCUUAGAAUGACACGAUAGAAGGAAAGAAGGAACGAAAAUAUUUUGUUUCUCUUAAAAGUUUGAUUUGAAUUUGCGUAGUUAUGUGCCAUGAUAUUAUACGUAUCUUAAAAAUGUGUAACGUAUUGUGCAAUUGAUAAAAUUUCCAAAACGCCUUAUGAAUCGUUAGGCUCACAUGUCACUCCACAGAUUUAUUAUGUCUGGGGCAGACGACAAUAAGUUAAGGAAUUUAUUAAGUGUACAAAAUUUGUCGAGAUUCUUGUGCUCUCAAAUUUCACUUCUUCUGAAUUUUAAAUUUUAGAUAAAUUAGGUCUACCCAAGAGUAAACGUAUAAGUGUCCAUCCUUUUAAGUCAGUGGAUUAAAUUCAUUAGCCCAUGGUAAUGUACUUAAGACUUUUGGUAAAGAAAUAUACCAAAGCUAAAGGUACGCUCUACAAGUAGGUUACGAUAAAACCUGUGCAAAAAUUAUAAAUUUAAAAUUUAAAAAAAAAGUCAUAUUGCUUUAGUGUCAGAAAUGUGUUGUUAUAACGCGUUAUUGGUGAUUCAAAACAUAGCAGAGCUUUGGAAUAUUAGAACCUACUUUUGCUGAACAUUCUGCAUUGAAACAUGUCUCAAAGGUUCGUGAAAACUUUCUUUGCGGAUUAAGAAGUCAUAGUAGUUUGUUCUUGCUUCGAAGGAACAAUGACGAAGUAAUAUCUGACGUGUCAUGAAGCUUAUUACAACGUCACUCACUGAUGUACGAAAACUAAAUUGGACGCCUUGGGGGAUGACACUGAAUAUGAGUAUCUUGUAUGGACAGGAAAGUUUGAGAUGCUAGAACGCAUUUCAUACACAGUUUAUGUUCACACAACACAUUGACUUUCUGGUUGCCAGCAUAUAAUAUAAACAGAUCAGAAAUAAUAUUACUUUGACAUAGGACAUGCCAGAUUCAAUUAACUUUUGUAACUAUUAUAAGAUUGCAUGCAUAAAUUUAGGAAACACAUGAAAAUUUCAUAGUGUGAGACUUUAAGACAAAUAAUAACGCAAAUUAUUUUGAGACUUGAGCCUAUAUUAAUCUACACUGACAUAAUUAAUUAAAAAUAUUACAUCUUUGCAAAACUUUAAACAAGUUGGAAAUAUUAUGCAUUUAAUGUCGAAUGAAUUAUAAAGAUCGGGAUGUUCUUCCCUGUGUGUCGAUGUUUCUUAAACAUGUGACAGGAAAACAUCCGUGGAAAUAAGUUUAAUGAAUAUCUUGUCACAUAUGUUUCAGGCACUUAAUUUCCGUAAAUGAAUAAAUUAUAAACCUGGGAUCUAUUAGUUGGGAAAUAAUAUCGUUUAACAUGCAGUAUGUCCAAAUGUAUGUAGGUCCUAUAUGUGAUAACUUAAAUUAUUAUUGGGUUACGGUAGGCCCUUGAGAAUUAACGUAUUUUUUUUCAUUUGUAGAAAUAAUUACUUAUAACUAGGCCUACUGUAUAAGCGGAAAGAAUUUGUCCAAUUAAGUAGUUUUGUAUAUGCAGAAACAUUUGAAGAGUGUGCACCAACAUUGUUCUUACAGUGCCAUAUGUAUAGUGGAAGUAAUUAUUUAAACAGGCUACAGUUACUGCUAAAUUGACAGCAAGAAGACUGAAAUAAGAGUUGCUUAUUGAGCGGUGUCUAUGAAUUAUAACGUGUGAAUUUAACUGUACAUUAUAGAUAUAUAUGAAUAUACUUGAGGUCAAUUUGUAGUCAUUUUGUGGAAACCUAAGCUUAAAUAAUAGAAAACAAAUAUACAGUGUUAAACAAUGCAGAAGAAAUUGAAUGCUGAUGGUGAUUGAAUCUCAAAGAUUCACUUUCGCUUCGUAAGUGUACAAAAUGUAUCUAGUGAAGUAUUACUGAUAGCACACAGGUAUAAUUGUGACUGUAUGUUUUAGUAACUAAAUGGGACUUGAGGUUUUCAUGGCGAUGAGUCCCAGAAGACACCCAUCUUAGGUCCAAAUAGUUUGGAUUUAACCACAAUAUGUAUUUGUAUUUAGGAAUAGUCUGUUUAGACCAUUUGAUAUUACUUGAAAUAGUUUAAAUUCAAGGCUGUUUACGUUUAGAAUCUGAGUAGUUUUACUAACAGAUUACAUUGUAUAUUAUCGAUAACACAACAACUAUUAGAGCCUGUUCUUAGAAAUACUUUUUAAGAUGUAUUGUAAUUGUAUUAUAUUAAUAAAAUGUCAAACUAUAAAACUAUCGUGUCUUCGCACGUAGUUUUAAUGUUCAUAUUUAC